CUCACGCAUCCACAUUACGUCAAGUGUGUUGUGACCGAGGUGGUGCACAUUGCCACCACGUAAGGAGGUAGUGUACUUCGUCUACGUUAAGUUUGCUCUACACUAUAUUUCAGAUGGCCCCUCUCACUGGUGCUGUGGUGGUUGACGAUCCGAAGGGACUUUUCAUGGCAGUCGGUGGCCUGCUCUUUGCGCUUGUCCUCUAUACCUUUGUGGUUAUCAAGCCUGCGCUCCGGAAGUUCGCAUGAACUGUCCAUGGCAAACGGCCCCGGCCUGAGUUGGGAUGCCGGGGUCGAUGGCGCGCGCUCAACUGACAUGAGCGCCAAUGCCGCCACGGCCCAGCCUGAAGCUGAACCGGAGGUCUUCCCUUCCACCACCCAGCGCAUCCCCAGUGAUCAGCCCCUUAGCAGCCCUGGAGGGCCAGGAGUGCCCUCUUCCUUUUCGGCGCCGUCGGCGCCAACACGUCAUAAUGAACCGACAUCUGAACCAUCCCCAGGCUACACCGCCGCGCAUGAAAAGGCCCACACCGGCGCUGCUUUCAGCGGUGUUACUGGCAACGAAGCCUCAUCCACGGGUGUUGGACUCUCUCCAUCUGCCUCUCCUGAGCCUGUUAUGUGCCCAUUAACCGCCAACGCCUCUAUCCCUACCGCUGCUGUGGCCGUCGAGGCCUGUGACGCCAGCCUCCACGAAGACCCCGGCGGCUCCAGUCUUGACGCUGGCGGCGGCGGUGGCGACGCCAGCCUUGGCGCGGGAAGCUUCACUAACCGAGCCGACGUCGGCGGCGCCGGUGCUGGCCUUGCUGCCAGCGCUGAUGCCGCCGGCGGCGGUGGCGCAAGCCUCGGGGCUAGCGGGGCUGACCCUGACGGCAGCGGCAGCAGCGGCGAUGGCGGCGGAGGCAGUGCAGCCGGGGGAAGCGACGGAGGUGCAGGGUUGUGUGUCGGCGGCGGCAGUGGACACGCGCAUGGAGGCGACGGUGGCGGCGGUGGCGGCGAUGGUAUAGGUGCAGGGUUAGGUAGCGGCGGCAGCGGCGGAGACGGCAACGGUGCUGCUGCAGCUCGCGGCGGCGGCGGCCUCAGCAGCGGCAGGACUGACGGCGGCGGUGGAUGCGGAGGCCAGGGGAGUGGCGCGGCAGGCAGCGCAGCUAGGAGGACUGGAGGCGGCCCAGCCGCCGUCACCUCCUCCGGUGCCGCCGCUGCCGCUACCGGUACAGCUCCUGCUGUCGGCGUUGCCGCCGCCGGUACGGCUCCUGCUGUCGGCGCUGCCGCCGCUGCUGGGCCUCUGUCCUUGGAGCCGAGCAGCUCUGUAGUGGAGCUAGUGUCACGGGAGGUCAUUCGCAAGCUCCGAUUGGCUGCAAGUGCGAGCAGCACCGAGGACAGGCACGUGGUGUGUGAGGAGCUCUUCGCAGACAUCACUUGUGCCUUGGAUGCCUCCGCACGAGCCGCAUUACUCGGACCUGUCGUACCGUACGACGACGGAUCCGGAGCUACUGCUGCUGCCGUACGUGCUACCGCCGCCGCUGGUGCUGUCGUAACCUCGUCUUCCUGGACAAGCACUCCUGACGGCAGCGGCGGUGGUGGCGGCGCUCCAAAGGGAAGCGGCGGCAGCGGCGGCGGCGGCGGUGAUGCCCCAGCCGCUUCAGCAACGCCAUCAUCUGGAGUGCCGUACAGUGGGGGCGGCGGCGGCGGCGCUCGUCGUGCCGUACGAGGCAGGCUUUACUACGAGGUCCUAGCGGUGCACUACGCCAGCCGAGGCGCCGCGGAUUCGGUCCGAGUGCUGCUCCACCUGUGUCAAUUGCUGUGGGACACGCCCUGGGUGGCGCCCAUAUACGCGUUACUGCUGCACAGGUUCCUGCUCCUGCCGCGAGACGUCGGCAGCAGCGCCGCCGCCGCCGCCGCUGUAGGCAGUGGGUCCCAACUUUCCACUGGACCCGCCAGCGGUGCUUCCCUGCUGCAUUCCUCCGACACUCCUGCUUUACCCUCCGACCCACGGGUCAAACAUCUGAAUGUGCUAGCGCAUGGCGCGCGGCAGUUACUGUUGGGUGACGUACACUCGGGUCUGUCGCGCUUCCAACCGUUAUGGUCGUUCCUGGCUUACGAAGUAGCCGGGCUAGGGCCGCCGUCGCCGGCGGCGGCGGCGCCAUCAGCUGCACUAGCGAUGACACCAGUGGCGUCGAUCGAUGCCGUACCGGCGGCGGCGCGGCCGUGGCUGCUGGCGGUGGCGGCGGCGUUCCUGCCGUACUAUUGCUUGGACGAGCAAUUCCCGGAACUGGCGCGGCGUUUUCCGCCGCCGUUGCGAAUGGGGGUUGACGGAGGAGAGUUCCCUUCGUCGCCGUCGCGGCCAGCAGCGUCGUCGUCAUCGGCGACGUCCUCACCGUCAUCGGCGUUGGCGUCACCUGACGGCGGAUCGGCCGCCGCGGCGGCGGCAGCGGCAGCGUCAACCCCGCCUUCGGCGUCCUCCCUCGCCGGGUUUGACUUCCUGAUAAACGAGGUUACGGAUGUGCUGGGUAGAAUCCAUAGUGAGGCGGGCUUGCUCAAGUACCUGGGAGCGCUACGCGCACUCGCGAGGCGCCCGCAACACCUGCCGGCAGCGGCGCCCUCACAGCCGCAGCCACCGGCAGCGGCGCCAACGACGCAACCGCAACCUGGGCCCGGACAGCAGCAGCAGCAAGGGCAGCAGCAACAGCAAGGGCAGCAGCCGCAGCGGAAUACGAUGGGCAAUAACAGCAAGCUGCAACAAGGGCGUCCCCGCGUGCGAUGGCAAGCAAGCCGCGAGCAGGAGCAGCAGAAACUCGGUUCGCAGGCGGCGGAAGCUGCUGAGGAAGCUGCGAGGUUGCCGGAAGAGCGAGCAGCGACACAAGCAGAGCAAGCAGCAGCAGGCGUAGAUGCAGCAGCAGCCCCUGACGCACCGGGAGCUCCUUCACCGGACCCGGACGCAACGCAAGCACACGACGCAUCGCCCGACGACAAGGGCGGUGCUGAUGCUGGCGGAGAUCCGCUUGCAGCGCAUGACAGCACCGCCAGUUGCGGCAGUGGCGGUGGCGGCAGCAACAACACUAGCGGUGGCGGUGGCGGUGGCGAUGAUGGGGAGGGUCCACAGCCCCUGUGUCUGCUGCUGCGGCGGCGACGGCGGCAACAGGGAGCAGCCGCCGCCAGGACUCCGCCGCCAACAGCGCUGCCGCCGCCGCCGCAGCAGCAGCAGGCGCCAUCAUCGCAGCAGCAGCUCCAACCGCUGGCCGGCCUUCCCACGAUUACCAAGCUACGGCUGCAGAACGAGCUCUACUCGCUCACGUCGGGCGGGGGCCCCCGCUACGCGCCUCCCGAAGUUCGGCGCGCCGCCUUCGCUGCCCUGGACGCGCUGUUCCCCGGGGGCCGGGCGCUGCGACGAAUGGUCAGGUGGGUUUCUCGCACGCUCCACCUGGAGUGGCUGGAAAACGACGACCCAUGGGUCGGUAGCGGCGUCAUCGGCUGGAUCUACUGGCCCUUUCACUGGUGUACGGCACUUUACGGCAGAAUCCUUCUGGCAUUCUUCCAACUGCUGUACGGACUGGUUGUGUGGCGCCCGUCGUUACGGCUCCGCGUUGGCGAAAUCUGUGGCGGCGGCAGCGGCAGUGGCGACGGUUCGCCUUCAACGAGGGGCGGCGGCUCGGAAGUCCCCGCUGCGGCCGCUGCCACCGCCGCCACUGUAGGAGACAGAAGGCCGGUGGCGGCCGUCAGUUGGUGGGGCCGGGAGCGGCAGCGGCAGGAGGGGCAGCGGGAUAAGUUGCGGCAGCAACAGGAGGAAGAGGAGGAAAGGUAACAGGAGGAGGAGGAGGAAAAGGAUAGCAUGGCAGGGAGCAGCAGGGGGUGGAGGCGGGUCAACGGAGGCAACAGCAGCUGGAGAGGCGUGGGCCGUGAUGAGGCGCAGCGGGCGCGGGCAGCAGAGUGACAAGGUGGCGAGGAAUAGGCAUUAGUGCUGGGGCAGGGUCGGGGUUGGAUAGGAUGGAUUGCAGAGAGGCAUAGGGAGGGCUAGCAGCGACGUUGGGAACUCAGGCAGCAUGCGGAGCAGGAGAAGGGGGGUGGCGUAUAGGACAAGGUUUGAACGGCAAGACUGUACGGCAGGACUGCAAGCUCUACGGAAUGGGCAUUCGAGUGGCUUAGGAGGCGUCGCUGUACUGGGUGGGUGCGAGUAUAUUGAUAUCGUUGUCGCUGAGUUGAAGCCUCCCGACGUAUGGUGGCGACAUUGAGCAGGGUUUGUCAGU